GGAAUAUCAUUAUCAACAAUAACAGCAACAACAACAACAGCAAUAAUGCAGUGCAGCAUGGUCUUGCUGCUCGUGCACCGCAGCGCGCUCUUUUCUUGUUUCCAGCCAUGCAGCAACUCCCUAUAGGAAGAGCCGACUCUCCUUUUGCUUGUACAUGCGUCCUUCAGGAACCUCAUUCCCAUCAGCCUCGCUCUGCAUCCCGUACUUCUGAGCCCGAUAACCUUACCAUGGCCCGUACCAAACAGACCGCCCGCAAGUCCACCGGAGGAAAGGCCCCCCGCAAACAGCUCGCCACCAAAGCUGCUCGCAAAUCCGCCCCCGCCACCGGAGGUGUCAAAAAGCCCCAUCGCUACCGCCCUGGUACCGUCGCCCUCCGCGAGAUCCGUCGCUACCAAAAGUCGACCGAACUCCUGAUCCGUAAGCUGCCCUUCCAACGUCUCGUCCGUGAGAUCGCCCAGGACUUCAAGACCGACCUCCGCUUCCAGUCCUCAGCCAUCGGUGCCCUCCAGGAAGCCUCAGAGGCCUACCUCGUCUCCCUUUUUGAGGACACCAAUCUCGCAGCCAUUCACGCCAAGCGUGUCACUAUCCAGCCCAAGGAUAUCCAUCUCGCCCGUCGUCUCCGUGGCGAGCGUACCUAA